GUCGCAGACCCCAACAACCUCCCCAUCCGUGGCCACGCUAUUUAAGCCCCCUCCUCCCCCCCCCACCCUUCUCCUCAGGAAGAGCCUAGCUUUCCACAAAGCUCAAGCUCUUCUUCGAUCUACACCACUGUCAGUCACGCAAUUCUUAGCUAGCUGUACUAAUAAUCCGCCAUUAGUAGCAGCAGUGUAGCACUACUACUGCUGCUCUUGUUUGUGUAGCUUUAAUUUCCCCCAGCUAGCAAGUUUCUACUUUCGUCGCUCAUCUCAUCUCGCACGUGUCGCAAUGGAGUGCGAGACGGGUCUUGUCCGCUCCCUGAACGGCGACGGGCUGUGCAUGUCGGCGCAGGCGGCGCCGCGCGGCGCUGACCCGCUGAACUGGGGCAAGGCCGCGGAGGACCUGUCCGGGAGCCACCUGGAGGAGGUGAAGCGGAUGGUGGCGGAGUUCCGGGACCCGGUGGUGAAGAUCCAGGGCGCGAGCCUGAGCAUCGCGCAGGUGGCCGCCGUGGCCGCCGGCGCUGGCGAGGCCCGCGUGGAGCUCGACGAGUCCGCGCGCGAGCGCGUCAAGGCCAGCAGCGACUGGGUCAUGAGCAGCAUGAUGAACGGCACCGACAGCUACGGCGUCACCACGGGAUUCGGCGCCACCUCCCACCGCCGCACCAAGGAAGGCGGCGCGCUCCAGAGGGAGCUCAUCAGAUUCCUCAAUGCCGGCGCCUUCGGCACCGGCGCCGACGGCCACGUGCUGCCGGCCGAGGCCACCCGCGCGGCGAUGCUCGUGCGCAUCAACACCCUCCUCCAGGGCUACUCCGGCAUCCGCUUCGAGAUCCUUGAGGCCAUCGCCAAGCUGCUCAACGCCAACGUCACGCCGUGCCUGCCGCUCCGGGGCACCAUCACCGCGUCGGGCGACCUCGUGCCGCUCUCCUACAUCGCGGGACUCAUCACGGGCCGCCAGAACUCCGUCGCGGUGGCGCCCGAUGGCAGGAAGGUGGACGCCGCCGAGGCGUUCAAGAUCGCCGGCAUUGAGCACGGAUUCUUCGAGCUCCAGCCAAAGGAGGGUCUCGCCAUGGUCAACGGCACGGCCGUGGGCUCUGGCCUUGCCUCCACCGUGCUCUUUGAGGCCAACGUGCUCGCCAUCAUGGCCGAGGUCAUCUCCGCGGUGUUCUGCGAGGUCAUGACCGGCAAGCCGGAGUUCACCGACCACCUCACGCACAAGCUGAAGCACCACCCGGGACAGAUCGAGGCUGCCGCCAUCAUGGAGCACAUCUUGGAAGGCAGCUCGUACAUGAAGCUGGCGAAGAAGCUCGGCGAGCUCGACCCGCUGAUGAAGCCGAAGCAGGACAGAUACGCGCUCCGCACGUCGCCGCAGUGGCUCGGCCCGCAGAUCGAAGUCAUCCGCUUCGCCACCAAGUCCAUCGAGCGCGAGAUCAACUCCGUCAACGACAACCCGCUCAUCGACGUGUCCCGUGGCAAGGCGCUCCACGGCGGCAACUUCCAGGGCACUCCCAUUGGUGUGUCCAUGGACAACACCCGUCUCGCGCUCGCCGCCAUCGGCAAGCUCAUGUUCGCGCAGUUCUCCGAGCUGGUGAACGACUACUACAACAACGGCCUUCCCUCCAACCUGUCUGGUGGGCGCAACCCGAGCUUGGACUACGGUUUCAAGGGCGCCGAGAUCGCCAUGGCCUCCUACUGCUCUGAGCUCCAGUUCCUGGGCAACCCGGUGACGAACCACGUCCAGAGCGCGGAGCAGCACAACCAGGACGUGAACUCCCUGGGCCUCAUCUCCUCCAGGAAGACCGCCGAGGCCAUCGACAUCCUGAAGCUCAUGACGUCCACGUUCCUGAUCGCGCUGUGCCAGGCCAUCGACCUCCGCCACAUCGAGGAGAACGUGAAGGCCGCGGUGAAGAACUGCGUGACGCAGGUGGCCAAGAAGUCGCUGAGCCUGAACGCCAGGGGCGGGCUCCACAACGCGCGCUUCUGCGAGAAGGACCUGCAGACGGCGAUCGACCGGGAGGCGGUGUUCGCGUACGCGGACGACCCGUGCAGCCCCAACUACCCGCUGAUGCAGAAGCUCCGCGCGGUGCUGAUCGAGCACGCGCUGGCCAACGGCGACGCCGAGCGCGUCGUGGAGACGUCCAUCUUCGCCAAGGUGGCCGAGUUCGAGCAGCAGGUCCGCGCCGCGCUGCCCAAGGAGGUGGAGGCCGCGCGCGCCGCCGUGGAGAGCGGCAACCCUCUGGUGCCCAACAGGAUCAAGGAGUGCCGGUCCUACCCGCUGUACCGGUUCGUGCGCGAGGAGGUCGGCACCCAGUACCUGACCGGCGAGAAGACGAGGUCGCCCGGCGAGGAGCUGAACAAGGUGCUGGUGGCCAUCAACCAGCGCAAGCACGUCGACCCGCUGCUCGAGUGCCUCAAGGAGUGGAACGGCGAGCCACUGCCGCUCUGCUGAGCUGCGCCUGGCAGUGCGCAAGAGCAGAGAAGAUCAAGGUAUACAGAUCGAAGAAAAACCAAAGUACAGCGGCUCAAGACAGAGCGUUUCAAGAUCAUUGUGAAGUUUUUACAACCAGACUAGCAGAAGAUACUCUCUAUAUUUACCGUUGCCUUGUACUACUAGUAGCUAAAGUUCAUGUGAAUGUUGUUGUGUUCUUCCCGCAGCUGCGACGCCAUGGCCUGCAAUGCGCAUGUUCUUGGCUGUUGCAGCUACUGAAACUUUUGAUGGUUUUAACUUGUAAGUUGGGGGAUAAAGUAAAUUAUUUUGUUCUACAAUGGUGCUGUGCAUGAGAAGUUCU